CAUGUUUUCAGUUUUGUUUAAAUAGUUGAAAUGUUGCUACUCUUCAUAGUUUUAACUACUGGUGUUGUUCUUCAAGUUAAGGGCCAGGUUAUGUCAACACCUAUGUCCGAUGACUUUACAAUAUCCUUAGAAUCUCAAUUGUCGUUGCUUAAAUUGAAAGAAGCCCAAGCAAACAAUCUUCUGACCUAUAGGGAAGCAUUGGACGCGCAAUUGAAAGAAAUUAAGCUGGCCAUUUAUCACUCAGAAAAUCUGUUGAGAUCAGCUUCACAAUUCCAGCAUAAUAUUUUUUUUGAAUUUAAAGUUUUGAGGCACAUUUACAAGGAUUGGCCCCAAUACUUCAAAUUAUUGAAAAAAGAAUUGGGCACCGCAGAGAUAUCAUUAUCUCAGGAGCUGUUAACAAGGCAACCAAGCUCUGUGGACUUUACAGAAUCUCUGCGUGCCAUUUAUAGACUCCAAACUGUGUAUAACUUAGACUCUUCCGACAUGGCAGAAGGAAUAUUAGAUGGCUUCGAUUACAAUGUCCAAAAAUGGGGUAUUGAUGAGUGUUUGGUACUGGGCCUAAUGUAUCAAUACUUAAAAAAUUACAACCUAUCGGAAUAUUGGUUGAAAUUGGCUCUUUAUCAAUACGAGGAACAUCCCAACCCCGAUGUGUUGAAAAUAAAACUUUGGAAAUAUGAGAACUUGUUGGAAUUUCUAAUGGAGGCCAACAAAGGACUUGGUCGCUAUGUGGCAGCUAAGGAAUUUGCGAACGAGUUAAUUUCGAUAUUUCCAAAUCAGAUGUAUGCUAUAAAGCAACUGUCUAAGUUGGAAUAUCUGCAAGCAAAUCCAUUCAAUCUCACGGAAACAAAGAAGGAUUAUCAGGUCCAGAAAGCAAUUUGCUCAAAGUCUUAUCCAAAAAAAGUAUCAGUUAAUCUUAUUUGCCGUUAUGUAAAUUGGACGCCAUUCCUGAAAUUGGCGCCUUUAAAACUUGAGGAGUUGGCCAUUAAUCCAUCCUUAGUCAUUAUAUCUGAUUUCAUCGGAGAAAAGGACAUAGAAAUAUUAAAAAAUGUGGCUCGACCAAAACUUAAACGCAACGAACACUUAUCAUGGAAUUGCAGUUGUAAAAUUUCGACACUAUCCAGCUCAUCACAUAGUAUUGUUCGAAAAAUAAAUCAUCAAAUUAUUGAUAUCAUAGGAUUUCCAAGGAACGGAAAUCAAGUGCUAGAAGUCAUCAAUUAUGGUAUUGCUGGUAACUACAAUCCCCAUGAUACUUUAAGGUCCCCGAGCAACAGCAUAGCGAACGCUUUGAUAUAUUUGAGCAACGCCGAAAAGGGCGGUGAAAUUGUUUUCCCUUCAGUCGAAGUAAAAAUAAAACCUCAAAAGGGUACAUUGCUAGUUUGGGUUAAUCCCAAGGAGAGUAUUUUUUAUCAUCAGUGCCCUCUCUUAAAGGGAAAUAUGUGGUUGGCCAACAAAAUGCUGAACUGAGCUUUUGAUUGCAUUAUUUAUGUACUUUUUCUAACAUCUUUGACAUAUGUUUAUUUCAAUUUGAACUCUUGGCACUGAGUUAUUACAAAAGUCUACACAGGUCUACAAAUAUUUAAAAUCGAAAUAAAUUGUACUCCGAAAAAUGCACACUCUUCAAGAUUACAUAUCAGAUAAUUCAUAGAAAU